AUCUAGGAAGCACUGACUCGGCAAAAUCAGUGCCGAGUCCGCGUCCCCCGCGUAUCGAGUUCGCCCGGGCGUGGGACUCGCCGAAAUGCGGCUUCGACGUGCGUUGACCGCGUCUCCACAGUUGGAUCAGCAACGACUCACCUUCGACGCGGGAGAGACGCGCGACUGACUCGUUUUUUACACCAAUUUCACAGUUUCACACAACAAAAGCCCUAACCUUCAUCGCCACUUCUCUGCUAUCUGCUGCGACUUCUUUGGUGGUCUGGUGUGGCUUCUCUGCUGUGGGUCGACUACAAUUUCUGGUUUCCCAUCUCCAUCCUCUGCUUCGACUUCUCUGGUUGGCGUGACUUCAACUACGGUUUGGCUUCCCAUCUUCGAUUUCCACUUCUUUGGUUCGCUCGACUUCUCUGGUUGGUGCGACUUCGACUGCGGUUUGGCUUCCCAUCUUUGAUUUCCACUUCUCUGGUUCGCUCGACUUCUGUGGUUGGCGCGACUUCUCUCUCUGGUUGGAUUAUCUGCUUCCAAUUUGACUUCGAUUUGUGCUAUGCUGCUAUCUGCUUCGAUUUCGACUUCAGUUCUGCCUUUUAAUUACAAUGAGUUCCAGUGGUAAUUCUUCAGCCACAGUAGGGAGUAGUACUGAUGAUACAAAUGCUAAUUAUCCCUUAUGGAAGUAUAUGAUUGUGUUAGAAAGAAUUGGGAAAAAGGGAGGAAAUGUGAAGUUUGAAUGUAAAUAUUGCCAUAAAAGUUAUGUGGGAUCUUAUUCCCGUGUGUUCGCUCAUCUACUUAAGAUCAAAGGACAAGGAAUAGCUACUUGCAAUUUUGUGACUCCUCAAGUUAAAUUUGAGAUGCAAAAACUUACUGACGAAGCUGAACAUUUGAAGAGGUCGAAAUCUUCGUCUACCCCACUCCCACCUACUUCAAAUCCACCUGGUGGAAUUUCACAUAUGGGUGGAAGUUCACUUAUGCCAGAUGUUCAAUUGAAAAAAAGAAAGGGUGUUAAUGAUUCAGCUGUGGCAAAAGCUUUCAAUAACGAAGCUCGAGAACAGUUGAGGGGUGAAAUUGCUAGGAUGUUCUAUUCCUCUGGAUUGCCAUUUCACUUGGCUAGAAAUCCUCACUAUAUAAAUUCCUACACAUUUGCAUCCAACAACAACAUUGCUGGCUUUAUUCCACCUGGUUAUAAUGCAUUGAGGACUACACUCCUUCAGAGGGAGAGGACAAAUAUUGAAAGGUUGUUAAUGCCAAUCAAAGAUAGUUGGAGUGAAAAAGGUGUAAGUAUUGUCUCUGAUGGAUGGGGGGAUCCUCAAAGAAGGCCACUCAUCAAUAUUAUGGCGGUCACAAAGAGUUCUCCAAUGUUCUUAAGAGCUGUCAAUUGUGAAGGUGAAAUUAAAGACAGGUUCUUUAUUGCCAAUUUGUUGAAAGAGGCAAUAAUGGAAGUUGGAUCGAGAAGUGUGGUUCAAGUUGUUACGGAUAAUGCCCCGGUAUGCAAGUCUGCAGGGUUGAUCAUUGAGUCACAAUUUCCUCAUAUCUUUUGGACACCUUGUGUAGUGCACACUUUAAAUCUUGCUUUGAAGAAUAUUUGUGCACCCAAGAAUACCGAAGCUAACCAAGUUGCUUUUCAUGAGUGUCGUUGGAUUAGUGAACUUGCAGAGGAUGCGGUGCUGGUAAAUAAUUUUAUUGCCAAUCAUUCUAUGAGAUUAGCUUUGUUCAAUAGAUUUGUGCCUUUAAAAUUGCUCUCUGUUGCUGAAACCAGAUUUGCUUCUGUGAUUGUGAUGUUGAAAAGGUUUAAGCUUAUCAAGCGUGGUCUGAAAGAGUUGGUUAUCUCUGAUGAAUGGGAAGCAUAUAGAGAAGAUGAUGUUGGAAAGGCUCAAAAUGUGAAGGAAAUAAUUUUGAAUGAUCUUUGGUGGGACAAAGUUGAGAGAGUCAUUUCUUUCACUAAUCUAAUAUAUGAGAUGCUUCGGUGUGCUGACACAGACAAGCUUACACUUCAUUUGAUCUAUGAUAUGUGGGAUUCCAUGAUAGAGGGAGUGAAGGCAUCUAUAUACCGCUUUGAAGGAAAGGAGCUUACCGAAGAAUCAAGCUUUUAUUCCAUUGUUCAUUCCAUUCUAGUUGGUAGAUGGAACAAGAGUAAUACUCCAUUACAUUGCUUGGCACAUUCUUUAAAUCCAAGGUAUUAUAGUAAGGAAUGGAUUAAUGGUGCUCCAAAUCGUGUUCCUCCACAUAAGGAUCAAGAAAUUUCAAAUGAGAGGAACAAAUGCUUGAUGAGGUAUUUCCCAAAUGAUGAAGAAAGGACUAAGGUAACCGUGGAAUUUGCCAAUUUCUCUGCCUUUAUGGGUAUUUUUUCAUCAUAUGAUUCUAUGAAGGAUCGAGCAUCACUUGAUCCAAAAGCAUGGUGGGUUAUAUAUGGGGCUUCCACUCCUAGUUUACAAUCACUAGCGCUGAAAGUACUUGGUCAACCCUCAUCUUCAUCUUGUUCAGAGCGAAAUUGGAGCACAUAUUCCUUCAUUUAUUCCAUGAGAAGGAAUAAGAUAGUACCACAACGUGCUGAAGAUUUAGUGUUUGUACACACUAAUCUUCGUCUUCUAUCCAGGAAAAGUCAUCAAUAUAUGACAGGGGAGUCUAAGAUGUGGGAUAUUGGCGGAGAUUCUUUUGAUUCUAUGGAUGGUGCAGGUAUCUUAGAGGUGGCUAACCUCUCUCUUGAUGAACCUGAAAUGGAAGGAGUUCUUUUUACAGAAAAUGUUGAUCACGUUGAUGAAGAAGAAGAAGAAGUUUCUCAACAUUAAUCCAUAACUACUAGUAUAUUAUGUAAUUUUCAAAUGUGAACAAUACUCUAUAAUUGGUGUAAUAAUCGACUUUUAUUACAUUUGAAGUAGUACAAUAUGUAUGGAGUAUUUAUAUUACAUCUUACAAUUCUAUAAUAUGUAUAUAAAAAAUAUAUAUAAAUAUUUUUU